GAAGCUGGGCUGCGCUCGGAAUGAGAUGCCAAUAAGGAUGAUCUUUGCAUCGCUGUGGAACCAAGCGCAAGGAAGGAGAAAUCUUUGUGACAGAGCUGGAAGGAGAAUCUACCUGGUAUUAAUACGAACACCAUAGGAACCAUCCUCAAGAUACAUGACAUAACCAGGCAAAGGAGAUCGAGUUGUGGGACACCGCGAGAAGGAGAUCAAGGUCCAAUGUCUUACAUCAAGUAGUUGAUAGAUGUUGGUUAAUAAGGUGAGUGUAAAG